GUGUUCAAGAGCCCGAGCAUCAUGCCCUGCCUUAAUGCGCUGAAUACAGAGCUCCUCGUGCGGGUGCUGGAUUUGGCAUCAGAUGUGUCGGUGCUGGAGCUUGAGGUCGCAUCGCCAAGCUUGACGAGGGCAGUGGAGGAAUGCAGGCGAGGCAGCCCACUUGGUGAAGGUGCUUGGCGACAUCCACCUGGGAAAUGGGAGGUCUGCGGACUCUGGAGAUUUCUUUCCUUGGGCGACUUGAAGAAGAUUCCAUCCGUCACUCUCAGCUGCGAAGUAGAAUUCCAGAAUGUCACAGAGGCCCUUGCUUUCUUCAAGGCUGCGAAGCACCUUGCAGCUGACACCAUCGAUGGCCAGGUGACCUUCAACACAUGUUCCUUCUCGGGCGAGGAUGUAGCGGAGCUCUACACUGCAGUUGCAAAUCCUGACGUGGACCACUUCGCCGGUGAGGCAGUCUGGUGUUCAGCAGUAGAAACAUUUGCCAUUGCUGCCCAUGCGGACGACCGCUUCGAAUUCCCUUGGCUGAACAUCCACCUGGAUUAUUUGACGGAGGAAAAGUUGCCUAAGCGAACUGCACUAAUCGUCAACAGCCUCCUGUUGCCAGGGCUGAGGCUGCUCGCUGAGUACGAGGACAAAGUUUUCGCAGAUCACGCCCUUGACAGACAGUCUCCUUUGACGGAGGUGGUGCUGACAGGCGGGUCCCUUCCAAUGUUUUUUGGUCUGAAGGAGUUGACGGCUGAGGAUCCGGCAUCUGAAUAGGGCCUCCAGCCCCCGGCGGUUGGUCGAAGCACAGACAGCAACAAAAACUGCUGCUAGGCCCAGUGCCAAAAUUUGAGCGCAAAUGGCACCUCAAGACAUCCAAGACAACUGGCACAUGCUUAACAUUCCAAAACAAGGAUGCACAUAUGUACUGACAGUUUUCUCUCCGACACACCCAGUUCAACCCCAUCUGGGUUUGGGGUGCCACUGGCAUUUGCUGCAAGGGCCCUACCUUGCAUACCUUGCAGAACUGGGUGCGGCGAUGGCGCAGAGCGAUA